AUGGCCGCCCAACUGUCUAACGGGUCGGCCCCGACUCCGAAUAGCCAAGCGCGCCUUCCACUAGCUGAACUGCCCAAGACAUGGCAUUACACCUCUUCUCUGCCUCCCGACUCCCUCUUUCCCACCCCCGCCGACUCGCACAAGACCCCUCGCGACCAAAUCGGACCCCGCCAGGUCCGCGAAGCCGCCUUCACAUGGGUACGUCCUGAGAAGGCCGAGGACCCAGAGCUUCUGGCUGUCAGUCCCGCAGCGCUACGCGACAUCGGUAUAAAGGAAGGUGACGAGAAUACGGAGGAGUUUAAGCAGACCGUGGCAGGAAACAGAUUGCACGGCUGGGAUGAAGAGAAGUUGGAGGGAGGGUACCCCUGGGCGCAAUGCUAUGGUGGUUUCCAGUUCGGUCAAUGGGCCGGCCAACUCGGAGACGGCCGAGCUAUCUCUCUGUUUGAAAUAACAAACCCCGAGACUAAGGUCCGGUAUGAGUUGCAGCUUAAGGGCGCGGGUCUGACGCCGUACUCGCGGUUUGCAGAUGGCAAGGCCGUGUUACGGUCCAGCAUCCGCGAGUUUAUUGUGUCAGAAGCUCUCAAUGCCCUCCGCAUCCCCAGCACACGCGCUCUGUCCCUUACUCUUCUGCCGAAUUCCAGAGUUAGGAGAGAAACCAUUGAGCCUGGCGCUAUCGUCUUGCGUUUUGCGCAAUCCUGGAUCCGCCUCGGCAACUUCGAUCUCCCCCGUGCAAGAGGUGACCGCAACCUCAUCCGAACUCUCGCAACCUAUGUUGCUGAGGAUGUUCUCGGCGGUUGGGAAAGCCUGCCCGCUCGGCUCGAGAAUCCGGAUGAGCCGGCCAAGUCUCCGGCACCCACCCGUGGUGUUCCUUCCACAGAGAUCCAGGGACCGGAAGACUCUGCCGAAAACCGAUUCACUCGGCUCUUCCGUGAAGUCGUUCGCCGCAAUGCGCUGACAGUUGCCCAGUGGCAGGCCUACGGCUUCAUGAACGGCGUGCUUAACACGGACAACACAUCCAUCAUGGGCCUGAGCAUUGAUUUCGGCCCGUUCGCGUUCAUGGACAAUUUCGACCCUUCUUAUACUCCCAACCACGAUGACUACAUGUUGAGGUACAGCUACAAGAACCAGCCGACCAUCAUCUGGUGGAACCUCGUCCGUUUUGGUGAGUCGCUGGGUGAACUCAUCGGCGCCGGAGCUCGCGUUGAUGAUGACACAUUCGUCAACCAGGGCGUCGAGGAGAGUGAAGCCGAACCCCUCGUCGCACGUGCGGAGAAGGUGAUCAUGCAGGUUGGCGAGGAGUACAAGGCGCUGUUCCUGGCAGAGUACAAGCGUCUCAUGACUCUCCGUCUGGGACUGAAGAACUUCAAGGAUAGCGACUUUGAUCACUUGUUCAGCAACCUCCUCGACACCAUGGAGACACACGAGCUGGACUUUAACCACUUUUUCCGCCGCCUCAGCUCCGUCAAGGUUUCGGAAAUUGCAGACGAAGACGCCUGCCGCGAGGUCGCUACACGCUUCUUCCACAACGAGGGCGUGACUGGCGGCGAGCCCAAGGGCCGUUCUGAUGUUGGCACUUGGCUCGGCAAGUGGCGGGCCCGCGUGGUUGAGGACUGGGGUGAGGACAAGGAUGCCGAAAGGGAGAAGGCCAUGAAGGCCGUCAACCCCAACUUUGUGCCUCGCGGUUGGGUACUUGAUGAGAUCAUCAGGCGAGUUGAGAAGGAAGAUGAGAGGGAUGUAUUGAGGCGUGUUAUGCACAUGGCCCUGAAUCCGUUCGCGGAUAGCUGGGAUGGAGCAGAGUUUGAAGGCAAGACAUACAAGGGUGAUAAGCAAGAGGAGGAACGGUGGGUCGGCGACGUGCCCAAGAUGAAGCGGGCUAUCCAGUGUAGCUGCAGUUCUUGA